AUGCAGCUGCUCAGGCUCCUUGGCCUCCUCUGGAUGUUCAGGGCCUCCCCAGUGGUCACAGGAACUUUAUCCGUGGCCACAUCCACACCUGGCAUGCUGCUUCCCAGCACAGCAGGGUGGCCAUUUGGAAUCCCUCCCAUCUCUUCUCCUGCUCCCAGCAACAGGGCAAACACACCUAUGACUCUCACGAAGUCCCUCCACUAUAAACCCACUUUUGAAACAUUGCUCAAAUCUCCAAUCAGUUCCAACACUUCAUUAAUCCCAACAUCGAAGUUUGUCAUCAAGGUUGAAACCAUGCCACCCACCGUCUUUUUCUAUGGCACCAAUGAGUGCAUAAAUCCAACAAGCUUUAUAACCACGACCACCUAUCCCACCACCACCUGUGUGACUGUGACCCAUGUGUCCUUCACCAGCUCCUACACCACCACUUACCCUAUUAUCACUACUGAGAAAGUGAUCUCAGCCAUGACCUCUUCUCUCACUACAGCCACUAUGGAGAAAACUCCCAUAAUAACGGCCCCAUCUUCCUCCUCCAUCUCAACCACAGACUCAAUCUCAUCGACUAUUGAAACCACAACAACAUCUCCUACCCCAGUCAUUACUUCUCUGUCUGUUACUACUCCUUCUCUGGUGACAGCAAAAACCUUCUUGACAACACACACCAACAGAUACAGCGAUUUGUUCCACAUUCACCACCUCCACUCCAAUGACUGCCAAAACCUUACCAAGACCAGCGAGUAUGGCUCUGUCUUCUACAUCUUCAGACUACUCCCCCACAGUCAGAACGGGCACAAAGGUCAUCAACUCACAGUUCACUUCCUUGGUAUUGAGAACACUGUGCCAAGUACCCCCUUGAAGAGCUUUCUGGUGACAUCUGCAUUCUCCUCUUCCACAUCUGCCAACAGCACCAGGGCCACUGACACAGAGAGCUUCUCCUCAGCUCCAGCCAUCACCGCUACACUCCACACAACAUAUGAAUCCAACCCGCCUCCCACAAACACGGAUUCGGUGAAUUCGAGGACAAACAAUGAAUCUCCUGACAGUACCACCAGUGCUUUCACAUCACUCAGCAGGAGAACUUCAUCACCUACGCCUGUCCCGAGUAGAACAACCUUCAGCAAUGGAACAACAAACAACAGAACUUUACACAGCUUGAUGACCACACUGCCGACGACGAGUGCCAGGUCAAUCCCUGCAUCUGCUACCACCUACCCCACUCCUCCUGGUACUGCUCUGACACAGACGACAACUAAAAUCACCACUGCCACCAUGACAGUGCACAGACCUGCUACGACCACCACUCCCAAACCCACCUCUCCCUCUCCCACCUCCUUCUAUCAGCCAUCUACAAAAACAGCCACCACUGCUGUCACUGAUCUGGUAACAAAAGCCAAUGUGACCACAUCACACAGCACACCCAGCUUCACUUCUUCAAACACACACUCCAUUUCCAGCAACCCCACGACGGCCCUCAGCUNGGGUAGAAUUUCAUCUUCCACUCUUAUGCCGAGCACAGAAACCGUUGCUACGGGUCCCACAUACUCCACCCCUUUACCCACCUUGGUGACCGCACUCCCUAGUACCAGUGCCAGGCCGACCUCUACUUCUGACAUCACCUACCCCACUCCUCCCAGCAGUGCUCUGACACGGUCCACAACUGAAAUCACCACUGCCACCAUGACAAGGCACACACCUGCCACUGCCACCACUCCCACUCCCACCUCCCUCUAUCAGCCAACUACAGAAACAGCCACCACUGCUGCCAGUGAUCCGGUAACAAUAACCAAUGUGACAACAUCACAGAGCACUCCCAGCUUCACUUCUUCAAACACACACUCCAUUUCCAGCAACCCCACGACGGCCCNGUCCACAAGUAUCGUUCCAUCUUCCCCAACAGUAGAGAUGACAGAGACCUCCUCCCAUGGUAGCACAUCCCCUGCCUGCACUGCCACUGUGAGAACUACUCUCACAAGCACUGAGAACACUGAGACAAGUACCCACUUGACUGGCUUUCCAGUGACAUCUGCAUUCUCCUCUUCCGCCUCUGCCAGCAGCUCCAGGGCCACUGACACAGAGAGCUUCUCCUCAGCUCCAGCCAUCACCGGUACACUCCACACAACAGGGAGAUCCACCCUGACUCCCACCAGCACAGACUCUCUAACCACAUCCUCAUCCACAGCACCGCCUACACCCACUCCAGCUGCCACUGCAACCAAGCACAUGACCUCUCCCACCCCCAGUGACACGUCCACUGGUGAAACCACAUGGCCUCCUACCACUGACGUUUCUACCGAAUCUCUCUCACACACAAUGACCACUACUCCCACAGUCACUUCCUCAGUCACUCCCACGCUUUCAGUGUCUUUGGACACAACCACUACGUCUCCCACAACCGACGCUUUCACGUCACUCACGAGUCGAAUUUCAUCUUCUAGACCUCUUUGGAGUACAGAAAUCGUCACCACCGGGACCACAAACACCUCCCCUCUACCCAGCUUGAUGACCACAGUGCCUACGACCAGUGCCAGGUCCAUCCCUGCAUCUGACACCACCUACCCCACUGCUCCUAGUACUGCUGUGACACAGUCCACAACUGAAAUCACCACUGCCACCAUGACAGUGCACACACCUGCCACUGCCACCACUCCCACACCCACCUCCCUCUAUCAGCCAACUACAGAGACAGCCACCACUGCUGUCACUGAUCUGGUAACAAAAGCCAAUGUCACCACAUCACACAGCACUCCAAGCUUCAGUUCUUCAAACACACACUCCAUUUCCAGUACCCCCACGACGGCCCUCAGCUCACCUCUUUCCACCCCAGGCACCUUGUUGAUGAGCACAGCCAUGAGUCCAUCCUCUCUUAGUACACAAGUUGCUACCACAACACUCACAGCUGUCACUCCCACAUCUGUGGGCACCUCUCACUUCUUGACGUCGAAGACAGACCUCUUUUCAAUGUCCACAAGUAUCGUUCCAUCUUCCCCAACAGUAGAGAUGACAGAGACCUCCUCCCAUGGUAGCACAUCCCCUGCCAACACUGCCACUGUGAGAACUACUCACACAAGCACUGAGAACACUGAGACAAGUACCCACUUGACUGGCUUUCCAGUGACAUCUGCAUUCUCCUCUUCUGCAUCUGCCAGCAGCACCAGGGCCACUGUCACAGAGAGCUUCUCCUCAGCUCCAGCCAUCACCAGUACACUCCUCACAACAGGGAAAUCCACCCUGACUCCCACCAGCACAGACUCUCUAACCACAUCCUCAUCCACAGCACCGCCUACACCCACUCCAGCUGCCACUGCAACCAAGCACAUGACCUCUCCCACCCCCAGUGACACGUCCACUGGUGAAACCACAUGGCCUCCUACCACUGACGUUUCUACCGAAUCUCUCUCACACACAAUGACCACUACUCCCACAGUCACUUCCUCAGUCACUCCCACGCUUUCAGUGUCUUUGGACACAACCACCACGUCUCCGUUCAGCACCACCUAUGUUUUCACGUCACUUCCGGGUAGAAUUUCAUCUUCCACUCUUAUGCCGAGCACAGAAACCGUUGCUACGGGUCCCACAUACUCCACCCCUUUACCCACCUUGGUGACCGCACUCCCUAGUACCAGUGCCAGGCCGACCUCUACUUCUGACAUCACCUACCCCACUCCUCCCAGCAGUGCUCUGACACGGUCCACAACUGAAAUCACCACUGCCACCAUGACAAGGCACACACCUGCCACUGCCACCACUCCCACUCCCACCUCCCUCUAUCAGCCAACUACAGAGACAGCCACCACUGCUGUCACUGAUCUGGUAACAAAAGCCAAUGUCACCACAUCACACAGCACUCCAAGCUUCAGUUCUUCAAACACACACUCCAUUUCCAGUACCCCCACGACGGCCCUCAGCUCACCUCUUUCCACCCCAGGCACCUUGUUGAUGAGCACAGCCAUGAGUCCAUCCUCUCUUAGUACACAAGUUGCUACCACCACACUCACAGCUGUCACUCCCACAUCUGUGGGCACCUCUCACUUCUUGACCACGAAGACAGACCUCCCCACAGCACCCACUGCCUCCAGUAAUUUAGCUACCUCCACAAAUAUAGUUACACCCUCCUCCACCAUGCGGAAUACAGUCAGUGCAGUGGGUUCAUCUACCAAUGCCGUCACUACCUCCUUCAGGUCCAUUAUGUUGACUUCAACACCGACAACAAUCAUGUCCUCUUCUCUGUCUCCCUCUAGCCGAAUUCCAUCACUCACGCCUACCGCUGCCACUGUUCCUUCCUCCCCACAUAUGUCCAGUACGGAAAACAUUGUCUCCUCUUUUAUUCCCUCCUUUCCUACUCGCUCUUGGUCUCCCACUACAAGAACUUCUCCAAGCACCUCCAUCCCAUCCACAAGUCUUACUGAAACGACGCCAAUUUUUUCCAUUUCCCCUUCUUCUACUACCCCAUGUCCAGAAACUACACCAAUUACUGUUGUCUCAACCUCUACUGUUGAUCCGAGUAUUGAAUUGGAUCCCAGCUUUGAACGUACUUCUACUCCCAUCACCCCAUCAUCAGUCCUUCCCUCUACUACUGAAAUGGUCACCUUUCCUAGUUCCACCAGUAUGAGAACUGUCCCUCCCACAUAUGUGGACACUUUUACUUCCAUGAGUCUGGACAGUGAGCCCACCAACAUCGUAACUGAUGCCCCUAGUUCUCCCGAUGCUGGAACCGUACCCUGGAACACAGGUUGGACAAGCACCCCAAUGCCCACCAGUGAGAAAUGGCUGAGCACCAAGUCUGUAACCACCCCACAUAUGCCUGGCUUCACUAGUCUCCCACUCACCAUGAAACCAAGCAGCAGCCUUCCAACUGCCAUGAUGACUUCAAGCAAGUUGACAUUUCCCACCCCACCCACCACCCGGACUUCAAAGACACCGGUGGCUACUACCCAGACUCCCACCACCAGUACGUCAUCCAGGACAACAUCGACCACUACUCAGAUGACCACACAGUCAACCACCACCCAAGGCACCUGCAACAAUGGAGGCACCUGGGAACAGGGCCAGUGCAUUUGCCUCCCAGGGUUCUCUGGGGAUCUCUGUCAGGACCAGGAGACCGAAUGCCAGAAUGGGGGAACAUGGGAUGGCCUCAAGUGCCAGUGCCUCAGCACCUUCUAUGGCUCCCACUGCGAAUAUGCCACGGGAGAAAUAGAAGUAGUCACAGUGGAGGCCGAAGUGAGCAUGGAGGUGUCCAUUGAUGAGACGUUUUCCUCAGAACUCAAUGACACCACUUCAGAGGCCUACAAGAAAUUCAGCAGCAUCUUCCUGGAUCAGAUGAGGAAGAUUUACCAAAACGUGCAGGGGUUCAAGGAUGUGGAGAUCCUGUCCUUGAGGAAUGGCAGCAUCGUGGUGGACUAUCUGGUCCUGCUGGAGUUGCCCUUCAGCCCCUCCCUGGUGGAUGAGUAUGAGGAUGUGAAGACAGACCUGUAUGAGAAGCUCUACAAUGCCAGCCUGGUUGAGUACAGCUGCCAGAAUAACCAGACCCUGUGCUUUAUGUACAACUCCAUCAAGGUGAACAACAACACCACGACAGAUCUGACUGUGGAAGCCAUCUGCCGCCGUUCCGCUCCCGAGGGCUACGAGGAGUUCUACUUCCCCUUGGUGAAGGACGAGAGCCUCUUCUGCGUCACCAAGUGCACGGUGGGCGUAGAAAACGCCCUUGACUGUCACCAGGGCCAGUGCUUACUGGAGAGGAGUGGUCCCACUUGUCGGUCCUGGGACGAGGACGGGAAAUGGCUUGAGGUCUGCGAUAAGGGCAUCGUGGGGACUUUUUCAAACAUGGGCUUCGAGGACUACAGAACAGUCAAGUAUGAAAACUUUGAAAACUUCUCUGUGAACUUGGAGAACGUGGACACCACUGUGAAGGGGCACAUCCAGAGACCUGAGGUAUCCUUCUCCUGGCUGUGAGCCCUGUGGAGGCCUCUUCCCCACACCUCCACGCUGCCCAGGACAACAGGAGGGAACUGUCUGCACCGCAUCCACUGAAAGAGAUGGCCGAGGACCUAUGCAGCUCUUGGUGUCCUUGGGCAAAAUGAGGCUGUUUCCUUCUCCCAGACUGACUGAAGCCCACCUGGAGGCCCAGUUCACAUCCACACUCUUCCACUGUGGACCUUGGGCAAGUCAGUAACUUCUCUGAACCUCAGUUUCCUCACCUGUAAAAUGGGUAUAACAUACUUGUCCUGAUGCCUCACAUACCACAUGUUUGGUCAGUUCUUUGUCUCAGUCCCCUCUCCUGUCUCAGCCCUCAUGUUUACGCUGUCUCUCUCGGAUCUCCCAAUCCUCAGUCCUCCAGCUGGUUUCAGGCCUCAGUCCCUGUUUUCCUGUUCACAUUCUUACCGCCUAUGCCUCACCCUGAACCUGUAGCCAGCCUGCAGCCCACGCCGUCUCCUACCCUCUCCAUAUGUAGCUCCUCGCUGUGCCCCUUGCUCUUUCCUUAAAUCUUCUCCUCUUCUGAGCCCAUUGCUUAAUCAAUCAGUCCUCCCCUGCCCCACCCCAGCCCCAUAUCUCCCUCAGUUUCCAUGUUCUCCCUUUCCCCAUCCUGAAACCCUCAGCCCUGAAUCCUUACUUCCCCUAUCCCAGUGCCCCAGCCCUAAAUCCUUCCUCCUCCCUGACACCCCUGUCCCUAGCUAGGUACAGAUACCCUGUGUGUGUGUGUUAGGAGCCCCCAGCUGGCACUCCCUAGGUCUGAUCCCCAUUCUGAGGCUCCACCCCUUCCUUUCACCCCCAAGCACCCUGGAUCCCUGUGUGUGUGUGUGUGUGUGUGUGUGUGUGUGUGUGUGUGUGUGUGUAGGGGGGCAUGUGUUUCCCCCGGUCCCCAAAGAUGCGGGAAGUGGGACCCUGAGGUGGGAAAGCCCCCUCUGUUCCCCUUCUCCUCAUUCCCC